AUGUUCAAGCCGUGCCUGAUACCCAAAGUUUCAUACGUUGGAGGUGCAGAACCAAACAAGGAAGUCGAAGCAGCUCAAGUCUCAGAGCAUCAGCUGUCGAGUCAGCUCUCGUCAAACAACGCCGGAGCUGAGGCGCCAGGCUACGGUGAUGGGAGAGGCUACUGGAACAAAAGGUAUCGCAGUGAUCCUUCUCCUUUCGAGUGGCUUGAGAGCUUUGCAGAGCUUGAAAGCCUCAUCAAGGAGGCCACCUCUGGUAGAUUAGAUGCUUCGAUCCUGCACAUGGGAUGCGGCAACUCGUUGCUGCCCGAAGCAAUGUAUGACCAUGGCUAUAAGGACAUUACAAACAUUGACAAUGCAGAGGUUUGUGUGCAACAGAUGGCCGCGAGGAACAAGGACAUGCGGCCCGAACUGAAGUGGCUCGAAAUGGAUGCCACCUCUACAGGUUUGUCAGAGAGCAGUUUCGACACCGUCAUCGACAAGAGUGUUCUUGAUACAUUCGCUUGCGGUGAUAAUGCCUCUGAGGUCAUCAACAAGUACUUAUUGGAGGCCCAGAACCUUGACCCAAGGAACCAAAUUUCUUGCUGUUUUGAGAUGCAGAAGCAUCGGCAAAGAGUGAUGUACGCACCCCUGAAGCAAACAUACAGCCCCUUCCAUGAGUUCUUUACGUUUCCGUGGUGGGAUUGA